AAGUGUCUUAAGAUCUUCAGGAUUCUGUUCACUUUUCUGCAAAUGGAAUACUUACUCAAAAAGUUUUAUUUUCUAUUCUGUAUAUUAGAAGCCUUUCUUAAUUCUGUUAAUUGCAUUCAGAUUUGGGUAUGUGAUUAUUUAGAUAAAGACCCUUGUCUUUGCUCAAGAAUAAGUUUUAUAGUAUGUCAGAAUAUUUUGAUUUAUUAAGAGUAAGCCUAUAAUCUUGGUUCUCCUGUAGUAUCUUCCAGACCUCACAUUUAGAUGAGCUUCUGCUCUAAUUAACCACCUGCACUUCAUUACUUUGUUCUUUGGUGAAAUAUUACAAACUUCCCUACUUUAUGAUUCCAGUUCUGAGCCUUGUGAGUUUCAACCAAGUUUAAUACAAUAAACGGGGUGCGGAGUGGUGGUGGUGAUAAUAAUUCGGGUUAUACAGCUCAGCAGCUAGAAUGUCAUUGGCAGGCAGUCUCCUCCCCUUCCUGAAUUUCAACUCUACCCUGCUCACAGUGGAAUGACAGGCAUUCCUGUGUGAGGAGAGCUGGCAUGAAGGCAUAUUUGUAAGACCUAAAAGUGUUCAGACUGGGAAGAGGAAGAGUGGAAACUCCUGCAGAUCAAUUGGCAUCUGUGCCCUUUUCCUGAGAAGAGGCAGUAACCUGCCUAGAUGGGAGGCUCGUCUCCUGGCACUGUGGAUUUCUCAUUUCAGAAAGGUGUUUGUUUCUGCCAGGAUAGCUUGUUGUUGAAAGUGCCAUCAAACUAAAUCUAACCAUGGGGCAAGCUGUUGUCUCUGGACCGGUAAAUCCAGCUGCAGUUGAGGAACCAGAUCAUCAACCAGUGGGCACAGGAAUGGUCAUGGAUGGUGUAGAAUCUGGGGAAAUCACUCCUCCUACCAAGAGGAAAAGUAAGUUCUCCAGCUUUGGUAAAAUCUUCAAACCCUGGAAAUGGCGGAAAAAAAAGAGCAGUGACAAGUUCAAAGAAACAUCAGAAGUUCUAGAGCGGAAAAUAUCCAUGCGAAAACCAAGGGAAGAGCUGGUUAGAAGAGGGCUUCUGUUGGAGGACCCUGUGCAUGCAAGUGAGGAUUCUGGGAAGUUCAGCCAUACCACAUUAAAGAAUGGCCAUACCAUUCCCAUUGGGAGUGCCGGGCCUUCAAAUCCCAGCCAGAUGGAGGAGGAGCUUGGAAGGAUAACAAGGUUUAAGAAGCCUUUUCCAGGAGAGGAACCAAAGACACAACCAGGCUCAUCUGGAAGCCGACCCAGUUCUGAAGUGGAAUCCAUUCCUGAACCAGCAUCCAGGCCGUUUUUGCCACGACCCAAAAGACCCUUGUCAUCUUCUCAGGAAGAAAGUGAUGGACAAGCAGAUGACACCACUGGUGGCAACACUGCAAGGACCAUUUCCUCCUCAUCGUCCACCUCUUCCUCUUCUUCCUCCACAGCACCUACUGCCAGCACUGCAGCUGCAGCCCCAGGCCUAACAAAGACAGUUAGUUCCUCCAGCACCCCUACCCCAGCUCCCAGAACUCUGCCUGUUGUUCCUGUACACAGCACUAACACAAUUGCUACCUUGAAUGUGACCCACACUGCCCCUGCCAAGCAGCCCCCCAUCCCUCCCCCUAAACCAGCUAACAGAAACAGUAACCCUGUUAUUGCUGAACUUUCACAAGCAAUAAACAGUGGUACAUUGCUGGCAAAGCCAUCCCCACUUUUACCACCCAAGAGGGGGAUUCUGUCUACUCACAUGCCUUCCUCUGAGUCUGCUGCUGCCACAACAAAACCUCCAAAUGGUCAGAGAGAGGGGAGCAGUUGCUCGGCUUCCAAUUCAGUCCAGAUAAUCCCACCUCCCUCCCCUUCUCCCCCUUUGCCUACUCACAGACCUCCUGAGCCCCCAUGUUCUCCUCCAUUACCUCCUAAAACUCUUCAAAUUGUGCCAGAAAUUGAGCACUCCCCCUCCCUUGAACUACCCCCAGAUGUCCCUCAGCUGGAAGAUCAGGCCUCAGAACCCCCCAAGAGGACAGCUGAACAAAGCUUUGGAGAGCCCAACACCUCCUCUCGACUUCCCCCACUACCACUGCAUAUCCGCAUCCAGCAAGCCUUGACCUCACCGCUGCCCAUUACCCCGCCAUUGGAGGAAUCUCAGAGGGCUCAUUCCUUGCUUUUUGAGAAUGGCAAAAGCUUUUCAGAAGACAGCGGUACUUUGGGUCGCACCAGGUCACUCCCUAUCACUAUUGAAAUGCUUAAAGUUCCAGACGAUGAAGAGGAGGAGGAAGAUUAUCAGCCCUGUCCAUCAACUUAUGUUGGGGAUAUGGCAUCUACCUCAGCUGUUCCUAAACUCAUACCACAGUGUGUGCAGGAGGAAGAAGAAGAAGAAAAGGGGAGUGACUCUGAUUCUGAGGGACCCAUUUUGUAUAGAGAUGAAGAAGAUGAAGAUGAAAGCCAACACAGUGCUCUGGCUAACAGAGUGAAAAGGAAAGAUACUCUGGCCAUGAAGCUGAAUAACAAACCAAGUGAUUCAGACCUGGGGCUGAACUCUUGGCCUCGAAAGAGCAAGGAGGAGUGGAAUGAAAUCCGACAUCAGAUUGGGAAUACGUUGAUCAGGCGACUGAGUCAGAGACCGACGGCAGAAGAACUGGAACAAAGAAACAUACUCCAGCCCAAAAAUGAAGCUGACCGGCAAGCAGAAAAACGAGAAAUCAAACGUCGACUCACCAGGAAGCUUAGUCAAAGACCUACAGUUGCUGAACUUCUAGCCAGGAAAAUCCUGAGAUUUAAUGAAUAUGUAGAGGUAACCGAUGCUCAGGAUUAUGACCGGCGAGCUGACAAGCCAUGGACAAAGCUAACCCCUGCUGACAAGGCUGCCAUUCGAAAGGAACUCAAUGAAUUUAAAAGUUCAGAGAUGGAAGUUCAUGAAGACAGCAAACAUUUUACACGUUUCCAUCGACCAUGAUGCUGACUCUGGGGGAGAAGCUUACAAGCCUGCAAACAGGGCUGCUUUUCUGCUUCCAUCUCUAAAUACAUGGAAGAUCCUUUAGUUCUCCACAGCAUGUCCAAAAGUGGACUCGCCAUAGUUCAAAGGUGGAUGGCAUCUCUCUGAAUGUAGCAUUUCACUGGAACAAAUUAUCGCAAGGACCCUUGCAGCCAAACUGAACACUGUAUACCAGUGCUUUUCCACCUUUAUGGACUGAAUCUCACACUUCAAGGGAAGCUCAAAGUUCUUGGGAGGAUUUUCAGGUUGUACAUUUUGCUGCCCCUAAGAAAUUGUUGCCCUACAGGCGUAACACCCCACUCAGCAACAUGGCAGAGUCCCCGAGCCCCAACCCAGCCGGCGGAGACGGAAGCUGCCAUCACCAGCCUCCUGGGAACAAGACAUGCCACCCCCCUCGCUGUGGCCUUCCACCCAGCCUGGCAGCUGCUGGGAGAGACAGGGAAGGCCUUGUGGCCUUCUCCAAGGGCAGGUCACUAUUCAGGCCAGUCACUGUCUUAUACCUCGCGUAGCACAGCAAUACUCUUCAUCGGACAACUGGGCCCAAAAUACGCCCACGAUCCACUGACUUCCCCUUUGACACCAGUCAGCCAGGGUCUUGAUUGUAAAUAGUCUCCAGGGAGUGGUGGGAACAUCUCUCUUUCCUGUUGGCCUUUUGUUUAUUUCUUUAGUCUGAGCUGCAACACCAGAUUCUCCAUUGG